AUGCAAGGGUUGUUGCAAGCACUAUACCAGAUGAGAUUGGAGCUUGGUAAUCUUAGCCCUGGGGGGCAAUCAAUUGAGUGGAUCAAUUCCAACUUCACUGGGAUGACGAAUCUCCAAGGCACUAUACCAAAUGAGAUGGGAGAUCUUCAAAAUUUAGAGGUUUUUGCAGUUAGAGAAAAUAAUCUGAAUGGCCUCAUCCCAUCCUCAGUCUUCAAUAUAUCCACCAUCAGAGUAAUGGCCCUUGAUAAGAAUCCGCUAUCGGGUAGCCUCCCAGCAAACAUAGGCCUCGGGGUUCCAAACCUACAACUCUUUUAUGUGGGAGCAACUGACCUCAGCUGA